GAUGUUUGUGAUCUGGGCUCACCGUCUGCCUUCCACAGCCCAGGAGGAUGUGGCUCGUCACGUUGGUGCAGAGGUCCAGUGGCACAGGGCAAGUUGUUUCUGAGGAACUGAAGCACAGAGGGUGCAGAAGUUGCCGGCUCUGAACCCUCAACCCCUCCCUGGCCUCCGGAGACUUUCUCGGAGCAGGGAUGGAAAAGCCCGCAGGCCGGAAGAAGACACAGGCCCCCAAAGAGGAGGCAGGUGUGCCGAAGGCCACUGCGAAAGGAGAGAGUGCUUCUAGGGGGAAAAGGUCCAAAAAGAGAGCAGCAGCGAGCCGGAAGCGGGGCAAGGAGGCGGUCCUGAGCCCCGAGGACGAGGCGCAUCUCUUCGACGCCUUUGACGCCUCAUUUAAAGAUGACUUUGAGGGCGUCCCUGUGUUCGUUCCUUUUCAGAGGAAGAAGCCCUAUGAGUGCGGCGAGUGCGGGCGCGUCUUUAAACACAAGACAGAUCACAUCCGCCACCAACGCGUGCACACCGGGGAGAAGCCCUUCAAGUGCGAGUCAUGCGGGAAGGCCUUCCGCCACAGCUCCGAUGUCACCAAGCACCAGCGGGUGCACACCGGCGAGAAGCCCUUCAAGUGCAGCCAGUGCGGGAAGGCCUUCAACUGCGGCUCCAACCUCCUGAAACACCAGAAGACGCACACGGGCGAGAAGCCCUACGAGUGCGAGGUGUGUGGGAAAGCCUUCGCCUACAGCUCCUGUCUCAUCCGCCACCGCAGACGCCACCCGAGGAAGAAGCACUGAGCACACCAUGCCACGGGCCCAGCUGCACGCGAGGCCCCAGAGCCUCUGCCAUCAGACCCAGGAGCCCACGCCACCGCAGGGCAACCUCCAGCCACAGCCCUGUUCCGCGCUGCUCCAAGCCUCCAGGCUUGGCUGCAGGAACACUAACAGCUCUCUGGGGGACAGACUUGGACACAGAGCUCCCAGCAGAAGAGGCUCUACUGGCCAGGUCCAUGCCUCCCCUUCUGAGGAAUCCCCGAGCAGCCUGGCAGGAGCCAGGGCCUGAGCAGGGCAGGGGCCCUCUGGGGACAAGACCCCCUCUCUCCCACAGCUGGCCUCAGUGACACGAUGUAGCUUCCGUCUUUGUGGACUGACGCAGGAGUUCCCCAGGUCAGCCCUGUCCUGGAAACCAGGCCACACUGUGUGCCCUGUGUCCAGCCAGUGCUCCCCAGGGCAGGGCAUUCUUGCUGACCUCUCCCUGUGCAGGUAUCCUCGGGGGCCCGCCGCAGCUGGCUGGCCUCGCACCGUCCGAGGGGAGAAGCCUUGUGACCCAGCAGUGGAGAGCUGCUGGGGCGGUGCAGAGGCAGGACCCCAGCUGCUGAGGGCCAUGCUGCCGCACGCCUGCCCCCAGCUUGGGCUGCGUGGACACCAGAGGCAGUGCCAGAUAGCAGGGCUGCACCUCUGCCAGCAGCAGGAAGGGAGGAGCCUCAGACCCGUGUCCACACUGUUCCAGGGUCUUGUGGUGAACGCCCUCUGCAAGUUGAAGGCUGCUAACGCAGAUCACGCCAACAGAAGCCUUUGAGGAGAAAGGAGCUCCACAUGGACACAGAGCCCAGUGGGGCCAGCCCAGCUGGGGCUCUUGUACCCCUAGAGAGUGGCAGAGAGGCCUUGCCCAGAGCUGCUUUGCACAGGAGAACCACGCUGCUGCAGGUGAUCUGUUUCCAUCCUCGAGUGCCAAGAGGACCCUAUUGGGCAGCUUCUCAAAGUGGCCAUCAGUCCUCCCUGUCAGCUGCUACCCACUGGAGAGGCCCCUGCCCUGACUGCCUCAUCAAGGCCUUCAGUGGACCACCUGGGUGUUCAGAACCUUCUGGACAUCUGAGCAGCAUCCCAGGGGAAAAUCUGAGACCCCCCCAAGCAUCAGCGUUCUCAUAGCAGGAAAGUAUUCAGCAAAAGCCAGGGCCUUGGGAGUACAAGGUGUCGAGGUACUGCCCUCCCCCACCACCGUGUCCAGCAUCACUGCCCACCGGGGCCUCGACCUACAGGAAGACAACCACGAGGCUGCAGCCAGGCCUCAACGCCGACCACAGACGUGGUCGUGCAUGUCCAGUGAGCACUCUGGGCUGUGCCCUCUCUGUCCCCACACUGGGUGGGAUGUGGAGGCCCAGCAGGACUGGGAAGGACCUGGGCUGGGCCCCUCUCUUCUGUGCAGGGGCAGGUGGGGCUGACUGGCUGGCCUGUUCCACCCCCAUUUCUGACAAGCUGUGGCGUCAGACUGUGCCUGGACUUCAUUCCUAGCAACUUGGGCCUGCCCCAGUUUGGGCACCAACAGGUAGUAGUUGCUGAGCGAGGAGCUGAGCCGGUAGACGCUGCAGAGGAAGGUGAGAGGCGGUGUUCAGGGCGGGCCAGGCUCCAGGCUGUGCCACACUUGGCUGCAGGCCAGUACGCAGCUCCACGCCUCUGCCUUUGGCCUCCAGAGCUUGGAAUUUGCGUUCUGGUUCCUCCUCAGAGCCCUGCAGACAAAACUCGCGAGACUCCUGGCAUGAGGUUGCUGCCCUGCAGCCUGCAGGGUCCUGGCACCUUUCCACACUGUACCUCAGCCACACAGACGAGCUGGUGUCUCAGUGCCCAUGCUGCUUCCAUGUGUUUGGCUCCUGGGGCAGGGACACCUAGCGUGUCCAAAUGCCCAGGCCAUGCUUCCUGCCCUUGUGCCAAAUAGCAGUGACUGCUGUGUCCUGUGCACCCCCAAAUCAGCCACAACCUUGGCUUCGUGUUGUGACAGAUACUGUCUUGUCCAGUGUUUCUUGUUGUAGCCUCAGCUCCUUACACACUGUGCGCACUGGGGUGGGCCUUGUGUUUUCUGCUCAUGUGCUUACUGCCCCUGACAGCCUCUCUAGUCUCCAUACUGCCUUCCAGCCUCCCCACAGUUCCAUUGCUGUACACCGCCUUUCCCACCGACUGAGGAGAUAUAUUUUCUCAUAAACAUCU